AUGGACCGCCGGCUGCGGCAGCGGCGCGGAGGUGACCCUUCUGUCUAUCCCACUACUAUCUCUCCGUCCUUAUCCCAGGAACAUGCCCAAGAAACGGAAGAGUUUGGGUUUAAGCUACCUUCCUCGGACGCCCCAGCUCCGUUUCUUUCUUCGUCGCUCAACACAACCGGCGCCAAGCUACCAGCAAUCCCCAAUAAGAACUUCCAAUAUCCAGCUCUCCUUAAAGUCAAGCUUUCUGUGUGUCCCCAUCUCCCUGUCUCGUACUCGUCCACGUCCAGAAACACGAUAAACCCUUUUGAGCGUAGGCGGGGAAGAUGGCUUCUUCUCAUUCUCGCCCUCGUGCUACUCCUUCGUCCGGGCGAUUCUCAGCUGGAACAGACGUUCUCCGGCGGCCCCUCCUUCCGUAACCGUCUCGACAUCACAGACUCCUCCGCGGUGAGGAAACUGUCUCCGGGGACAGCCAACGAACGGAGGUGGGCUACUCUGGGGAACGCAAGUACGGUGGUGACCGUGAAGGAUUUCGGUGCACGAGGCGAAGGAUCGUCAAACGACACCAAGGUAGUAGACCGUUCAACAAUCUUUUCUGUCGCAGAUGGGAAUCUCCUUCUAAACGUUCUCGGACUCGCCCAUCGGUUACAUUGUCUGCAGGCGUUCGCCGCUGCCUGGAAGGCGGCUUGCUCUUCCCCCACGCCUGUCACAAUGCUAGUCCCCGAGGGGAAGGCCUACCGACUCAAACCCGUCACCUUCUCCGGUCCCUGCAAGUCUGCAAUCACCGUAGCGGUGAGACACAUCCGCCUACCCGGAAGCUCCCCUCGCAUCAAAAUCGUAUCGCGUCGCUCUUCCUUAGACUUGCUCUAUGUUUCAAAUUUCACCGACAGAUCAAGGGAACGAUUCUCGCCUCCGGAAGGAUAUCAGAUUGGGACGGAACCCGUCGCAGUCUCUGGAUGAAGUUCACCAAGGUCGACGGCCUCAGGUUGGAGGGCGGCGGAACCAUCGACGGCAAUGGGCAUGUGUGGUGGAAGGUCUCCUGCAAGCUCGACUCCGCACAGGUACGAACCCUUCACUCUCUCCGCUAGGGCGACUACCGCACAGCUAGUGGAAACUCUCUACCUUCGGCUUAAUUAAUCUCUAGCAGCUCACUGACUCGCCUUCUGAUUUUUCUUCGGCGUGAUGUUGCAGCCCUGCAAGGGUGCACCCACGGUACGCUCUGGAAUACGGUCAACUCUUUCAGUUGGUGGAUUCUCUGGUUUUUGCGAGCUGAUUAGUGAGGUUGACCACGUGCAGGCGUUGACGUUCCGAUCCUGCCGCGGCUUGACCGUGAACAAUCUGAGGUUCAAGAACGCCCAGCAGAUGCACGUCACUUUCGCAAAGUGCGCCAACGUCCAGAUCUCCCGACUGACAAUCUCCGCCCCCGGAAACAGUCCCAACACCGACGGAAUCCACGUCUCUGGUAGCACCGACGUUAAGAUCAGCGACUGCGUCAUCAGGACAGGUCCAUCCUCCGCCUCCUCUUCUUUGGCAUGCUCAAUCCUAGAAGCGGGAAGAAUGUGGAUUGUGACUUGGCUUUGAGUUCGUCCCUGUAGGCGACGAUUGCAUCUCCAUCGUCAGCCGGUCACACUCCAUUGCGGCCACCAACAUCGUCUGCGGACCGGGCCACGGAAUUAGGUACACACAUCUACCCUCGACGUGCUGGCAUCUGCUUGUGGCGUCCUCCUCUCCAGACCGUUUCUCCCACACCAUCUACCCUAUUCCCUGUUGACGAUUCUCCGCGUCGCUGACAGUAUCGGGAGCCUUGGAGCCAACGGUGCGGAACACACAGUCUCCGACGUCUUGGUCGACACGGCGCGGCUGGAGGGAACCACAAACGGAGUCCGGAUCAAGACCUGGCAGGUAACGCCAUCUAAAGGACACCCCAUUCAGAAUUCACUCGCGCUCCGCGAACUGACACUGCGACGACCGCGUCCACCGAUACUUGCCGUUCAGGGUGGAAAAGGGUACGCCAGAAACAUCACCUUCAUGAACAUCGUCAUGGACAAGGUGAAGAACCCUAUAAUCAUUGACCAGAACUACUGCGACUCCUCCAAGCCCUGCAAUGAACAGGUGGAAGAUGCUAGCACCCACCCUUUACCUCUCUGUUCCUUCGUCUCUCUCUCUCUCUCUCUUCUUUCUUUCUGUUUUUGUCUCUCUAUCUCUCUUUCUCUCACUCUCAUUUUCUCGCCGAGUUCGGAACCCUGAUCUUCCGUUCCCACUUCAAGAAAUCGGCGGUCGGCGUGAGCGGAGUGACCUACAGGAACGUGAGUGGAACAAGCGCAACCGCGGUGGCCAUGACCUUCGACUGCAGCCGCAUCGUUCCUUGCCGAGGGAUAAGGCUGCAGGACAUCAACCUCGUCACGACGAGAGGAGCAUUUGCCAAGAGCUUCUGCCGCAACGUCAACUUGUCUAAACGUGGCACCAUCGUCCCAUCGAGGUGCUCCUCCUGA